CCAUUUUCUCUCUCUACAAAGUGUACAGUUUUCAUGAUUUCAUCUACAAAACAACAGACGGAGAGAGAUACGCGCAGAGAGAGAGAGAGACAACGGGCGGAAAUGACGGAGCCGAAAGACCCGGCGAUCAAGCUCUUCGGGAAGACGAUUCCUUUGCCUGAGAUCCCUCCUUUUGCUGUUGACGAAGCAAUCAAUCGGGACAAUCAGGACCGUUCGUCUUGUUCAAAUUCAUCCACAGAGAAGGAUAAGAACAUAGAUGGCGAGGAGGGAGAUUUUUCUGAUAAGGAUGCAAUUGAAGAAAAACCAAGUGACACUCAGCCGGAAGAUGAAGCCUCAUCUGUGGCUUCGGAUGAACCCAGAAAUCCAGACACAACGUCAGGGACGAAUGAGAGACCUAAAACAUCCCCUGCUGAGAACGAAAGUGCCACAUCAAAAACUUCAAAGAGAGAGGAAGAACAAAGUGAGACAAGUACUUCGCAAGAGAAGCCGACCCUUAAGAAACCAGACACGAUUCUUCCAUGUCCUCGCUGUAAAAGCAUGGAUACCAAGUUCUGUUACUACAAUAAUUACAAUGUCAACCAACCCAGGCAUUUCUGCAAGAACUGCCAGAGAUACUGGACUGCUGGUGGAACCAUGAGGAAUAUGCCCGUCGGUGCAGGUCGCCGCAAGAACAAGAACUCAGUUUCUCACUUCCGUCAGAUAGCUGUUUCCGAAGCUCUCCAGAAUGCACGAACAGAUGUAACAAAUGGUGCUCAUCUUUCACUGAAAAGUAAUGGUACUGUCCUUGCUUUUGGUUCAGAUACACCUUUGUGUGAAUCUAUGGAUUCUGUCUUGAAGAUUGCGGAUAAAUCAAUGCAGCACUGCGUGCAAAAUGGUUUUCAUAAACCCAACGAGUUAAGUAUACCAAUUUCUUAUGGAGGUAGAGAAAAUGGAGACAGUUUUUCUAACGGUUCUUCAGUAAUCGAUUCAAAUUCAAAGAAUGAGGCAGGUCACACUAGGUCACAAGAGCAGGCACUACAAAAUUGUCAGGCAUUCCCGCUGCAAAUACCAUGCUUUCCUGGUGCUCCAUGGCCAUAUCCAUGGAAUUCAGCUCAGUGGAGUCCUCCAAUGCCCCCUCCAGCUUUCUGCCCUCCAGGGUUUCCUAUGCCAUUCUACCCUGCAACACCUUAUUGGGGUUGUAUGGUACCAGGUCCUUGGAGCUUCCCAUGGCUUCAUCAGCCCUCUUCUCCAAAGCAAACUGUAUCCAACUCUGGGCCUAACUCUCCAACUUUGGGGAAACAUUUGAGGGAUGAGAAUACAUUUAAAGCAAGCAACAGUAGUGAGGAAGAAACUUCAAAAGACAACAACUCAGAAAGAUGCCUUUGGGUCCCAAAAACCUUGAGGAUUGAUGAUCCUGGAGAAGCUGCAAAGAGCUCUAUAUGGAUGACACUGGGGAUUAAGAAUGAUAAGGCUGAUUUACUUGGCGGAGGAGGACUGUUUAAGUCUUUCCAGUCAAAAGGCGAUGAAAAGAGCGAUACAACUGAAUCCUCUCCCAUUUUGCAUGCCAACCCAGCUGCAUUGUCUAGGUCACAAAACUUCCGUGAGACCUCGUAAUUGGAUAGAGGUAAGUGCUUCCUUCUGGUGCAAAGAGAUUUGUGUUAUCAGCUGGUACAUUCACAUCCUCACUCAUUUUCAACACUAAAAGGCCAUGUUCAUGCGGGAGGAGGAUCUCUGAUUAAAUUCUCUGAGGUAGAAAUUUUCAAAUCCUAUUUAUAGCAGAAUUAGCCACUGAUUUUUCCCCUUAUAUCUCGAUCGAAUCAAAUGCCUGUAACCAAGAAGUACUUUUCUUCCAUUUUUUUUGGGUCCUUUUUUCUUUUCUAGUUACAUGGCUUGUUUAGGACAUGUACAUACUUAUAUUCUGAGAGUGAGAGCUAGGACUGUAUGUAACUUAUAUCCCUGUUGUACUAAAAUAUAUUUUGGGGAAUAACAGUCAAUAUAGAAUGGAUGUUAAGUUAAUGGUUUCAAAUA